GACCAUGGAAACAGCAGCGGUGCUAGCUACGAUCCUUGCGGUAGUCCACACCCAACCUACCAAUGACGUCACGGGCUUCUCGCUGCUGUCUGGAGUCUACGAGAAGUGUAGUCACCACCCCGACGUCUACUCCUGCCUCAAGAUGAGGGCAGUUACUCUCCUGGAUAGAGCCUUGGCCGCUGACUCCUUACCUGUCUCGGAGUUCGUGACCAUUACUAAGGAUCCAAAAGCAAAGGAUGACGUACCUCUGCGUCCAACUAACGGUGACCUAGAGGCGACCCUCCCGAGGGAUCUCGUCCAGAAGAGUUCUGCCCUUGACAAGAUGGUUCUGGACAGGCUCAGCCAGUUCCUCAAGACCAGAACUCUUCAGCUUAAUAUGCCUACGGAUGUGUUUGAAGGACGGGAGAAGGGCCUGAAGAUAAAGAAAGGAGGAAAGGGAGGUGGUAUCUAUCUUCUGAUGUUUGGGGCGUUUGGAGCCAUGAUGUUGCAGCUGUUCAUGACCAAGAUUGCGCUGAUAGCAGGCAAGGCUCUGCUGGUGGGCAAGGUGGCGCUGCUUCUAGCAGGCGUCAUCGGCCUCAAGAGUCUGCUAAGUCACGGUCACGAGGAGAAACAUGCCUCGCAGAUCAUUUACGCAGAGCCGGAAGUGCACCAUGGUAGCGGAGGUUGGUCGAGAAGUACACACAUCCCGGAAGCGGCCCACGACUUGGCUUACAGGGGUCAACGAUCUCUACAACACUAAUACUAUUCUGAUGGAUGUAUAUAGCUAUCGACAUUUUCGUUACUAUUUAUUCAAACGCUCCUAAUUUAUUACUACAGUCAGUAAAGUUAUUUAUUACAUUACAA